UUGUUGCGCUGGUUUCUUUUCGAAUAUAUACACUGUCACUUUUCAAUUCCAAUUAUUUAUUUAAUAACAAGAAUAUUAAUAUUUAACACAAUACAUUUUAGAAUAAAAUAUUAUUUUGUAUUAUAUAUUAGACAAUAAAUUUUAUGAGAUUAUAGCGCAUGUAUUUGUAUUUUUGAUCAAAUAUAUAAUAUUAUAGGGAUGCUAUUUAAGUAACGUUCUGGCGAACGUGUCUAAAGACUAAGCAAACGAAUUUUUUUCCGCGGAAUCGAUAUAUCAUAACCGCGAUUUGCUUCAUCGAACAAGACGACGUAAAAAUAAUGCAUCAUUGGUGAAACAACGUGCGGAAUACAUUAUUGGCUCGAGUUUUGUCCGCGAAAACAAAGAUUACAGGCUUCCUAUCCGCACGUCAGCCUAUCGACGGUUGUUUUUCGUGGCUGAUCGCUUUGUUGACACACUGUUCUUCUGGCAAUCGUGCCGUCCAAUGUCAACGAGGUCCGUAUAUCAGCUGCGCUCUUCUAAGAGUCGCCGAUUCUGUAUUCGCACAUCUAUUUGCGUUACGCAGGCAUUAUAAUUUAUAGUCAAGCUAUACAGUACGCCUGUUCGUGUGAAUUUUACGCGCUCAGAAUUAUGAUGAAAAUUCGCGCCCAUUAAGCGUCCCUGAAUAAUGUGAUUAUUAAACAUUAGGCAAGUUGCUGGAUUCUAUGCAACAAAUUUUACUUGCAAUGUCACAUAAAAUAAGAGCACUGUUAUAUGCGCGAAUUAUUUUAAUCAUCACAUCUAUGUCCGCUUGAAGAAUAUGUAUAAAAUGCAUAUAGAUUGUAAAAUUCUAUAUCAUAUCGCAUAUAAAAUGCGAUUUUUCAUGUUAAUAAUUUCUAUUCUAAAUGCAAUAAUUAUUUUUCACAGAACAAAAUUUUAAAUUUAGUUUGCUCCUUCUUUAGCUCUACCGUGAUAAUUAUAAUAUUUUUUAACGAAUAGUAUUUAACAGUAAUUAACUUUAUCAAAAAUCGAUACAUACAAGAUACUAAACAACUUGAAUUUUUAUCGUGGAUUACGAUCGAGAACAUUCUCGGAAAGCGCGGAGGAGAUAAUAAUGCGAUUUUUCAACAAUUUCGUAGCCGGCGGCAUUUAUCGACCAUGGUCGACACCGUGAAACGCCUUUCAAUUUCUCGCGCGCGAGCUGCGAACGUCGUUGUAAGAGGACUCAAGUUCAGAGCUACACUGACGCAACUACCGCUCGAGAUAUCGAUGGUCGAGGAAAUUGCGAGAGUCAGAGGCUAGAUAGCUGCGGGAUUUAACAACGAUCCAGCUUCAUUUUGUGACUUGCGCACUAUACGGAAUAUCUGAUAUCGAUUUUUUUACUUAUUUAUGAUCGAUGUGUCUUUAAUAUUGAAAUGUCAAUAAUCUCUUAAUUAUGAACCAUUGAGCCAGAUUUUGGGAAUUAAACAUUAAGGAUGCAGAUUAUAUUUAUAAAAAUGCAUUCUUUCUUGAAGUUUUCGUGGUUAUUUUAAUAGAAUCUCGAUUCAAGACUUAAUUAAUACAAUAUUUGAUCUUAGAAAUGAAGAAGAUACAGGAGGAGAUUUUACAUAUUUGUUUUCCGCGUCCACCGAAUAUGUAUUAAGAAGGAUCAUAUCAUUUUUCAUUUUCCUCUACAAACUAAUCAAAGAAUUUGCGGAUGAAGUCUGCCGCGGAACAUUUUGUAUACGCGCGUGUAUAUGCACAUAUACGUCAGGAUACGGUGCAUGCCUGCCGGUGUGAUUGACAUUACUAAGUAUGCCAUGGCCGACCGCUCACAGCCUGUGCUGGUACGAAUGACUGCAGCACUGCCCACACUGCCACGAAUAUAGCUCCAUCCUUCUAGGACGCUUAGGAAAAUUCUCGCAAAGUCCCGUUCACGAGUUUCCGCCUGUCGAUGGAAAAUCGGAUUUCUCCUUAUAUUGUCGAUGUCAACAAUGACAACUAUUUAGCAAAAUCUCAAAAUUUUGCAUACAAUCUUCCCUGUGCAUUUAUUCUCCCAGAAAUUUCAAUACUCGGGUCGAAAUCAUAACUCUGAUGACUUGAGAUUUGAUGAUGUGGACACGUAAUAAUGAUUUGUAUGUUUAUUUAUAACAAUAAAAAAAGAGUUGAUGCAUAGUUUUUAAUAUAAAUCAAAUGUUGAAAUCUCUCUCUUUAAUAUUCUACAAUAAAAAAAAAAAAUUUAACAUCAAAACAUUCUGAGAUAGAUUUGAAGAAAGUGAAAGAUAUGAUAAAUAGUUAGAUAAUGAAUAAAAUUUCUAAUUAGUGCAGCGAAAAAGUAGAUCUUGUUAUACUUGUGACAAGACAGUCUUAACAAUAAGGAUAAAUAAGGGCAUAGUGUUAUAUACAUGCGUUCAGAAAAUAUUCUAACGAAAAUUUAAUUAAAAAUACGAACACGAAGAAUAAAAUGUAAUAUUGAUAAAUCUUAUAUUGAUUAAAACCUGAGGCCACUUGAAUCAAAAUGAGAUAUGAUUGAUCAAUCAGGAGGAUAAUUUUUUGAAAAAUCUUUUUCAAAUAUCGUAACAAUAGAUGACCGAAAAAUAUUUAACAAAAAGAUUCUGCAAAUUUGCGCGUUUAAGUUUCAUAAUAUCAUGCUGGAAACAGGUUUUGGCGAAAGUCCUUGAAAAAUAAUUAUCUCCUCGAAUAAUUAUUAGUUUUUCAUAUUUAUGUAACAGGUAGUGUACACAUACACAUACAUAAGUAUGUGCAGUACCAAUUGAGAUGAUGCUUAGAAGAUAUGAUUUUACAUCGUUGCCUGGUAAACCAACUAUAUUUUAGAUUAAAAUUAGACAAAAUUAAUUUCAAUUUCAAAAGUGCGUUUUUAUUAAUAAUAACGGAAAAAUAUAUAUAUAUAUAUAUAUAUGAUGUCAAGGUAAAAUUCAUCGAUUUAAAAUUUUACAGACAAUCUUUUAUUUGAUAAUCGUUGAUUUCGCUCGCUUUAUGAAAAAUUGAGAUAAGCUACUUGCUCAUAACAAAUAAAAUAUAUUUGAAUUUUUCUUUUGCUCAAAUAAAAAAAUGUGUUUGCUAUCUGAUCAGUUUGCAUGUAUAAAGAUCCCCUUAGAGAAUUUUGUUGGUCCAUUUCAUGAUAUCGGAGCCGGCAUGUUCACACGAAUUGCACAGCAAUAAAGAUCUGCGUAGUGCGUGUGACGUAAUGUAACCCUGUUCCUCGAAGGACACGGUUUUCACCGAGUUCGAUCUUCCUGUAUGAUGGUAUCGUUUCGCAAAAACCGGUAUCUGUAUGUUCGAUGCAACGCGAAAAAGAGCAGUUAAAAGAGAGGGGAAAAAAAAAGAAUAUUUAUUAUGCUCUCUCUAACAUUAUAUAUAAAUUUUGCAAUAAUAGUUAUGAAUCGAAUUAUGUAAAUUAUUAAAAGCAGACCAAUGUUGCAGAAAGCCUUACAAAUAUAAAAAAAUUAUAAGAAAAAUAUAUUUGAAAAAAUAUAAAAAGAGUGUAUGGAAAUGACGUAUGGAAAAUGAGAGAGAAAGAUGAAAUGUAGAAUAACAUUUUUUUAACUCUCACGAUAUAUGUUUAAUAUUUACAUAAGUUUCAUAAAAUUAAUAAAAAAACACACAUUUUGGAAAUUGUAACUAAUUUGAUGCUAAUUUGAUUGAUUGUCUAAUAUUAUCAGUUUUGCAAUUUUAUAAAUAACUCGCAAUAUACAUAUAUUAAAAAAAGAAUUUGUUAAUUUGUUAAAUCUGAUAAUAAAAAUCAAUAUGCAAGAAGUGAGAUUUCUCAGUGUCGGCAAUGACAAGAUAGCACAAGGUCCUGUUCUACUCUCUCUCUCUCUCUCUCUCUCUCUCUCUCUCUCUCUCUCUUUCUUUCUCCUUUUACUUUCAAAGAAAUAUUCCUCUGUCCGUUCAUUUAGGUCGCUACCAUUGCCUUCUGUCUCCCGCCUUCGCCGAGGGCAAACCCGAAACUUUCAUCGGAGACUUUCGUUACUUUCUUUAUCGGUUAAAAGUGAAACACCCGACGGUCCGGCUACAUGUGUCUUCUCUUUCACUGCUUCUCGGAGUCGCAAUGGACCAUCUUCCGCGAGGAUGAGGACACAUAUUAUACGGUCAAUUAUCGCGUAAGAGUCGUGCCAUCGAGAGUGAAAUCGCAAUACGAAAAAAUUGAUUCGAAAGUACUGGUCGCGAACUCGUUAUUCCCAUAUUUGGAAUUUAAUUCUUUACACUCAAGAUUUAGCCCGUGUAUAUAAUUAUAAGUAUAAAGCAUGAAAUAUAGAUAUUGAAAUAAUAUAAACACUGUAUUAUUCGAAUAAUCGUGUAAUAAAUUUAAAAAAUAAACUGCCGAUUCAAAGUAUACUUAUAUUAAAAUUCUACGACUUUUAUUUAACUUUUAAUUAAUCGAAUUUUCGACAUACAAAUUCUAAACUUAUUUUAUAGCACCCGCAUUCUAUAUUGAAAGAUCACGAUGAAAUAAAAAGGGUGUAAGGAUAUAAGUAUCUAUAUCGAUCGAUGAUUUUGCGUAGAGUCAUGAUUGUAAAAUUACCGGUUUCUCAGCAUAAUUUCAUCUUCGUGGAAAUUUUAUCUCGUUUUGUCAUCCUUGACCUUCGUUCUUUUCAGAUGUUUUCAAUAAAUAACGUAUAAAUUUGUCGUCGGACUAUGUUCGUUUCAUUCAUCAUUUGACAAAAAAAAAAGAAAAAAAACCAUGAUCACUGUUGCACUCUUUCUGUACAAUUUUUGUUAAAAUCAUCAUUAAAAAUCCUCUAUAUACGACUUGAUUCAUCAAGCAUCCCGAAAGAAGAGAAAGUCCCGCGCGCAAGUCGAUGCUUUUAUUCCCGCUUAUCCUGUUAACGCCAUCGCCGUCACAUAAUGAAAAGAACUUUCAUCAUAAAUUGAAUAUUGCCCUUCAAUAUUACGAUCAAUAUUUUCAUUGCCUUCAUUGUCCUUGUGAAAAUCACGAAAAAUUCCCCCAAGAUCAUCUCCCGAAGGAUAUGGUCAUCGUUUUUCGCAUCGCAAAGAGAACACUCGAGAGAGUGAAAGUUCCUGACGUACACACGUACGCACGCGUGUCGGUUUUUUGGCAUUGGGCGUUGGGAUUGGAGGGCCUCGGUUAGUAUCGAGGUCACUGGUGCCACCACUACCGAACCGCGGCGGCGGAUUCACAACUUUGGCGGAUCGCAUGGCCCGCGCGCUCUCGCGACCAGCUGCCCCAAAAAGUUUGGGCCACGCGACGCGUUCACAUCGCUCUCCUUCGCGCGUCAUCCUCUUCCGGGCCUGCGAAACCCCUCUCUAUCGCGGCCACGGAAGUCCACGCGCAUUACUCUUCGUGAUCGGAAUCGCAAAUAGUUGGGCGAAGUGAUCGUCUUUAUUGAUUCAAUAAUCAAAGUCAUAGUGCUCUCUUUCUCAUUUUAUUUUUAAUAAUGGAUCGUUAACUUUAUCAUGUUGACUUAAUGUCGGAAUGUGUAAAAAAAUCAACGAAUAUGCGGAUAAUAUUGGUUGGUUAUUUAGUUGAGUUCACCUGUGUGUAAAUCCUUGAACGAGGAAUUCGAGAUGCCGCGUAAAUCGUAGAUUGGUGCGUGACCGUGAUUGGAGAGUUGGCACGAGGCAUCGUCUACCGAGGGAAUUCCUACUGUUCGCUCGACUUUGCUUUGAAUUACCGCUACGUGACAAUAUCAUGUGCGCGAAGAUGAGCGUCCUUCAGGGUCGACCCUCUUCCAUGUGCGCAAAAAUGAGUGUCCUCCAAGGAAUUAUGACCCUUCCGAGCAGCCCGUGUGAGAUAGACAACAUGAGCUUGUUUCAAGAUCUCAAGUUGAAAAGGAGAAAGGUCGACUCCCGAUGUAGUAGCGACGACUCCCCGGUAUCCCUCGGAUCAGCAGGCUCGCCGCAGGGGAACCAGCCGGCGGACGCACCUUCACCCAUAAACUUUCCUGCUCCAGGGGAGAGCAUGGCCGACACCUCGACCCUGUCGCCGGAAGCAAACAUGCCGGGCUCGCCGGGCUGCCCCGUGGUCAGAGUGACGAGCGAGUACCUGCUGGGCAGUCCGAGUCCAGGGACACCACGAGACUCUCUUCGUGGUACCGGUGGAGGCGGCAGCAGCGGCGGUGAUGGCGCAAAUGGAAGAGGAAACGGACAGGAGGGUCGCGAUACGACGUGCUCGACGGACCGUGCAUCGCCCGACUCGGUCUUCCCGGAUGCUGGUCCGAUAGUGAGCUUUAGGGUCGCCGACGAACAGCAGCAGCAUCAUCAACAAUCGCAACAGCAACAUCAGCAACAACGCUCCGCUACACCUGCACCGACCAGAUCGUCAUCCUACUCGCCGGUCCAAGCGGUCUCGUCGACCCCGAUUGCUCAGGAGGCUUCCUCGAGAAGCGAUACCCCGGACAAGAGUGACUUGUCGUCCGUCCAGAUCAAGGAAGAAUCCAACUCGGUCUUUGACGGAGGCGGAGGUAGUAGCGGCGGCGGGGGCGGUCGCUCGGAAACUUCCAAUCAACCAAGUCACCGGAACAGCCCGUCGUCUCAAUUCAAUCCGAAUCAGAGUGUCAGUCCUGGCACAAUCGGGUCUGCCGGGUCCCAUGGAUCCGCGCAACAGCAACAGCAAUCGCCACAGACUCCGCCGACGCCAACAAGACCGCGCGCGCCCUCGGUACCGCCGCAUCUGCUGGUUCACCAUCAAUUUUGGUCGCAAAACACCUCCGGCGUACAGGGGUUCGCCACACAGAGGCUACUCAACGGUGUCAUUAGCAGUGCCGUGAGCUACGGCGGACAGAACGCCACUACUGUCUCGACCAAUUCCGGCGGCGGUACCAGCAGCACCAGCUGCGUCACCACCGGCGCCACUACUACAGCGACUUCGUGUGAAGGUAUGAAACCACCGGCGCAGAGAGCAGCGCCGGCACCACCGCGGCCCCCGCCCACAGUUUUAAUGGGCGAAAUCGGCGGCGUCCGUACAAUGAUAUGGUCAGCGCCGCCGUUGGACCCGGUACCGCCGCCAGCGGCAUCCUGGACUGCCACGGCGGCAGCGGUCGCUUCGUGUUCCUCGUCGGAGGAGUCGGCCGCUCACCUGCUACUGAAUCUCGGCCAGGAAUCCAGGGGUAAACCACCCUCCUCCACCGCGGUAUCGUAUUCGUCUGCCGCCACCGGACCGCCUCUCAAUAUGGAGAGGCUAUGGGCCGGUGAUUUGACGCAAUUACCAGCCGCGCAACAAAUGCAAGCGUUAAAUCUCACGGCUUCCGGUUCCGCUGCGCAGCCAUGGGUGAGCAACGGCGGCACGAUCGUAAAGUCCGAAGCAGCCUCGCAGUCCAUAUCGUUCGCGCCGCCGGCGCCCCCCUUGCCACCCCAGGAACACGAGGAAGACGAGACGCCCAUGAUAUGCAUGAUUUGCGAAGAUAAGGCAACUGGCUUGCACUAUGGCAUCAUCACGUGCGAAGGAUGCAAAGGCUUCUUCAAGAGAACGGUACAAAAUAGGCGAGUUUAUACGUGCGUGGCGGAGGGCGGCUGUGAAAUCACGAAAGCACAGAGAAACAGAUGUCAAUUCUGUCGAUUCAAAAAGUGCAUUGAUCAGGGUAUGGUUUUGCAAGCGGUUCGAGAAGACCGGAUGCCUGGAGGAAGGAAUUCUGGUGCAGUGUAUAAUCUUUACAAGGUAAAAUACAAAAAGCAUAAGAAGAGCAACAAAGCGGGUGGCGGCAUGAGCGGCGGCGGUAAUGUCGGUGGUGUAAAUGGUUCGGGAUCCUUGGGUGGCACCAAGGGCACCAUGGGUUCGACGAUGCUGGACAAGCACAUGGCCGCGGCAGCAGCAGCUCAUCACAGUCAGCAACAGCAGCAGCAUGCCCAGCUGGGCGGCAAUUUUCUUCAUCAUCACAAAAUCUCGUCAGGCGAUUCACUUAGUUCGCCGCCCACACCAAGUCACCCAAGCCACCCCGCGCACUCGGGCCACCUCGUCAACGGGACAAUCCUGAAGACGGCACUCACCAAUCCUUCCGAAGUGGUGCAUUUACGACAAAGGCUAGAUAAUGCGGUAAGCAGUUCGAGGGAUCGAGUCUUUCCUUUGGAUGCAACUUUAAAUAUGAUUCAAACCCUUAUAGACUGCGACGAGUUCCAAGAUAUCGCUACAUUGAGAAACUUGGACGAGCUGCUGGACCAUAAUUCAGAUUUAAGUGAGAAGCUGUGUCAGAUAGGAGACAGCAUAGUGUACAAGUUGGUACAGUGGACCAAAAGGUUACCGUUUUACCUUGAGCUACCGGUCGAAGUUCAUACGAGGUUGCUCACCCACAAAUGGCAUGAACUUCUUGUACUGACCACCUCUGCUUAUCAAGCGAUGCACGGUCAGCAUGGGUUAACUAAUGUCGGUACUGAUGGAACGGGUGCAGAUUUUAUGCAGGAAGUAACGAACAACAUGUAUACGUUGCAAACGUGCCUAACCAGCAUGAUGGGUCGACCGAUAACCAUGGACCAAUUGCGACAAGACGUAGGGCUCAUGGUAGAAAAAAUAACGUACGUUACGCUAAUGUUCAGGCGGGUGAGGCUACGAAUGGAGGAAUAUGUCUGUCUAAAAGUAAUCACUAUGCUCUCACAAGCACGAGGAGGUACAUUGGAAUUAGAUCAAAUACAAGACCGAUAUAUGAGCUGUCUGCGAAGUUUUGUCGAGCACAGCGCACCCCAGCAGCCAAGUCGAUUUCACGAUCUUCUCGUUAGGUUGCCUGAAGUACAAUCGGCAGCGGCUUUACUACUCGAGAGUAAAAUGUUUUACGUUCCUUUCUUAUUAAACUCAGCAAUUCAAAGAUAGUAAAUAAACAAAAUGAUGCUAAACGAAGCUGAAUACCUAUAUACAUACUAUACAUAUGUUAUAAAUAUGUACACACAAAAAAGUAAAAGAACCGAAUAGACAACAAGCAACUAACAAAUAGAAAAAUAGAAAGAAAAGAGCCCAACGAGAAAAAGAGGAUACUCGAACCGAAUGGGGAAAGACUUUGUUUGUGAAUGUAUAAUAAAUAUAUAUAUAUAUAUAUAUAUAUAUAUAUAUAUAAAAUUAUAUAUAUACAUAUAAAUAAUAUAAAUGUGUGUGUUCGUUGCAUUGUACAAACGAAGGAGGACGAAUAAGAAGAAGAAAUCGUUCAAAUGAAAUGGAACGAUAAGAAUAGUGGACGAUAGAAAGUAAUUACGUCGGAAGCGAAAGAGAGAGGGAGAAUUUAAGUAAAAUAUUAAAGAAAGAAUAUAAAAGUUAGAGAGAGCGAGAGAGGGAGAGAAAGGGAGGGAGAGAAAGAAAGCGCGCCACCUCGAGAUGGGUAAAUCAAUCGAGGAGGGAACUGAACUUUUUUAUCGAAACUAAAAGACUAUAAUAUAAUAUAUUUCUGUACGCAAACACGUACCGCGCAACUACGUCAUUGUGUGUUCACAUUGCAUAAUCUGAUCGAUAAAAUAAGACUCUCGUUACGUACCGCUCACCGUAGGCCACCUAUCAUCACUAUUACUAUUGCUACUAUUACCGCCACUUUCUACUACUACCGCUCUCGAAGAUAAAAUAAAGAAGAAAAAAAAAACAGCAGCAGACAUCACACGAAAUGACUGAAUGAAGUAUCAAUAGUUUGGAUCGAUCGACUGACCGAUGACGACGCGUUAUUGUCACCUCAGCUCAAUAUGAAAUCAUCGCUACAAUCGAAACGUAUUAACAUACGUUCCCAUAUAUAUAUAUACACAUACACAUUUUCUAAAUAUCUCGCCACGAUGUGAUUUUCUUUUUGCAAUUAUCGCUCACCAUCAACAUGCGUAAAGAAAGGAUGUGAUACUAUAAUUAUUUUUUUUUCUCGUUAUCAUUGUAUCUGCUCAUCGUCAACAGGAAUAUGAGUCUUCUGAAUAUGGAUCGUGUAAUUCUAUCUAUCAGAAACAGAAAGAUAACAAGUGUAACUUUUCACAUUCAUCGAAAAUGGAUUUCGAUGCGAAGCACAACCGUGUAAUAUCAAAAGAUCAGAGUGAAAAGUGAAAAGAUUCACUGAUUAAUAUUCAGAUAACGUGUAACCGCGAGAAGAGGAAAGAGCCACAAGGAACAAACAAAACUAUACGCAAAAACCUCAUAUAUUCGGUGUUUCACGUCCGUACCCAUACAUCCGUACACAUCCGAAUGCGAGUAUUUAUUACGUAUAUAUUCCACAAUAUCGUAAAUAUCGAAUCAUCAUCAUUUUCGUCGUCAUCGUUACUGUCGUCGUCGUCAUCAUUCAACAGUCCAAAGCAUGGUCCAAGCGCGCAACGCAAAAGACUCUCUUUACUCUAUUAUAGUAUUGGUUCGUUCAUUUAUAUUUUUUAAGAGACUUUUACACGCGCAUUAUUCAUUAAUCCUAGGAUUUUCCGCUUGCGUCGCGCGUUCUUCGGACGAUCUCCGAUCUUCCAUUUAUAAUUCUUGAAGCCGGUUGGCUUUUUAUACUUGUGUUAUCACUUGUAAAGUAAAAUGAUUUUCAUAAAUGAAGUUAAAAUCUGUUAAUUAAGAUUUAUAGGAAUAAUUCGUAAAUUAAUGAAAUUUUAUAUAAUUUGAAAUAUUGGCUGACUAAUAUAUUUACUAUUUACUAAUAAAUAGGAAUAUAAUUUUAAAAAAAGAAAAGUAAAAAUAUGGUAAGUAUCGCUAUUGAAUUAUAAAAAUGUUUAAAGAAAAUUUGUUAUUUUUUAGAUACUACAUUUGAUUAUUUUAUUAUAAUAAUCGUAAAAAUGGAGUUUUUAAACUAUUUAGUGGUUAAAAAUUUUCUAGUCGACUUUAUUAA